CCAAACGAAACCCGGACGAAGCUCGAAAACAGCAAAUUUCCCUCUACUUUUACCUCUGUCUGUGGAGAUAGAAAACACCCAGACGGGAAAAGAAGUCCGGAAUUUUCAUAGCAAUCACUCGGUUUAUAUUCCCAAUCAGAUCUUCAAGUAGACGAAGAUUCUGGACAUUUUAAACUCUUCGUCUGUCAUCUGGGUUGGGUUUUGUUUCUGGAGAUCCCAAGAGGUGGAGAUGAUUCUUGCAGAAACAAAAAGUGAUCCUGAAGGAGAAAUUAAGGUAAGUUUUGGUUAUCAGUGUAAUGGCGAGCUUGAUAACUCCCAAGAGAUUCCCAAUGGUCAUGAAACUUCAUUAGGGACUAACCUCCGAAGAGCAGGCAGCUCCUUCUCUUGCCUGUCUGGGGCUGCCUUAAGUGCCAAUGCCACAUUGGCCAACACAAAAAUCUGCAAUGGGUUAAUUGGGGCAGAAAUACUUCCAACUUGGGAUUCCCCCACUUCGUUUCGUAAAAUUGCUUCUUCACCAUCUUUUUCAAAGUUGGAUUUGUUGUCAAGUUCUCUCCAAAGUAAUAUGUCAAACUUAAGUUGUAGCCCCUCCACUCCAAGAGAACUAUCUGAAGAUGAGUCCUUUUUGUUAAAAUCUAUGAGCGCUCCUUCUAGAAGUGAAUGUUUACUCAAUGCUACCGAAGUACAAGUAGCAGGUGGUGCUGCAGGUGAAGAUAGAGUUCAAGCUGUUUGCUCUGAAGAAAAUGGAUGGCUUUUUUGUGCCAUCUAUGAUGGCUUCAAUGGAAGAGAUGCUGCUGAUUUUCUAGCUGGAACACUGUAUGAGACUAUUUGGUUCUACCUUAACUCACUAGAGUGGGAAUCAAAGCAUGAUAUGGUUGGAGAUUCUGAUUGUUUGGUUUCAAAUGGGCCCCUCCAGUACAUUUUGGAAGAUAAUGAUAUCAAUCAUGAUAGUAAACUUGCAAGAACUGGAGAUGAGGAUUUAUCUAGUGGCCCUUUCUCCAAGGGGCCUUCAGAUGCUACAAUGGAACAAUCAUCCAAUGUUCUUGAUAGCCUCCAACGUGCUCUCAAUCAGGCUGAAAAUGAUUUCUUGUACAUGGUUGAACAGGAAAUGGAGGACCGGCCUGAUUUAGUAUCAGUAGGAUCUUGUGUCUUGGUUGCACUUCUACAUGGGAAGACCUUGUAUACCCUCAAUUUAGGAGAUAGUCGAGCUGUUUUAGCAUCUUAUGGUGAAGGAGGUGAUCUGAAUAACAAGAAGCCUCAAGCUAUCCAACUCACUGAUAGUCAUACUGUGGACAAUGAAGUUGAGAGGAAUCAACUUUUGUAUGACCAUCCAGAUGACCCCUCAACAAUUGUAGCAGGGAAAGUGAAGGGAAAAUUGAAGGUCACUAGAGCAUUUGGAGUUGGAUAUCUAAAAAAGAAAAAUUUAAAUGAUGCUUUGAUGGGCAUUCUUCGAGUUCGUAACCUUCUAAGUCCUCCGUAUAUCUCUGUGGAACCAUCAAUUAAUGUCCACAAAAUCUCAACUUCCGAUCACUUUGUUGUGCUGGGGAGUGAUGGUUUGUUCGACUUCUUCAGCAAUGAUGAGGUGGUGAAUCUUGUAAGUUCCUACAUCUUGAACAACACCUCUGGUGAUCCAGCUAAGUUUCUAUUGGAGCAGCUUGUAGCUAGAGCAGCUGAUUCUGCAGGUUUCAGCACAGAAGAAUUGAUGAGCGUACCGCCUGGUAGCAGGAGGAGAUACCACGACGAUGUAACUGUAAUCGUGAUCAUCCUCGGGACAAACAAACGCACUUCGAAGGCAUCAACUUGGCUCUAAAUUAUUUCUCCUUUUCUUUCUCUGUCUUAGUCUUUUUUCUUGUUUCCAAGUUACGAAUACUUGCAACCUUUUAAUAAAAGAUUUUGGGGGUUGUAUAUAUGUCCUAGAUGAUACCCAAACUCUUAAUUCUGUAGUUUAAAAACACCUAUCUUGAUCUAUACACAAGCUUUUGCUCCAA